AUGGCACCCGUAUCGCCCUUUUUCCACACGCCGGCCACCGCCAAUGCCGACUCACUUGCGAUUCUGCAUCUCAAAAGAGACAGUCUCACUCCAGUGAAGCUCGCGACAACCGCCGACGAUGGCUACGUGGAAGGGGCCGUGACAAMCACAAGAUUCGGUAGCUUUCCGCACAUCACCUUGAUCGGUUUAGAAUGGGGAAGUCAAGUACGGGCCAGCAAGGUAGAUACCGGAUCUCGUGGGCGUAAGAAGAAGUCAAAGCAUGAAGAGGUCAAGGCGGAGCAGAAUGGCGGUAAUGUGGUCGGAAGUGACGCGGGAGGGAGGAAGCGGAAACCAGAGGAGAACUCAUCAGAUGUGCUGGAAUCGCCUACAAAGAAAUUCAAAGCGGACAAGAACAUUGUGGUAGAGCAGCAGCAGGUUGCGAAACCUGUCGAGGCUGGAACCGGCUUUCUUCAUAUCCUUCAACCCACACCGGAAUCAUGGACGGCAUCGCUGAGUCACCGUACUCAAGUAGUGUACACCCCAGACUACAGCUACAUCCUGCAGCGUCUACGAGUGAGACCAGGAAGCACCAUCAUUGAAGCCGGCGCUGGUAGUGGCAGUUUUACCCAUGCCGCUGCACGAGCCAUAUUCAGCGGGUAUCCCGAUGUAGCAUCCUCAAAACGACAGAAGCUGGGAAGAGUGUGCAGUUACGAAUACCACGAGCCUCGCGUUGUGGAACUUCGGCGGGAGCUGUCAGAACAUGCCCUGGACAGUAUCGUGCAGCUCACGCAUCGGGAUGUCUGCAAUGACGGAUUUGCCCUCGCCGACGGCUCGUCGCCCAGAACAAACGCCGUCUUCCUCGAUCUUCCAGCACCUUGGCAAGCUAUCAAACACCUAAAUCGAUCCGAGCCGAAUUCACCACUCGACCCUCGGACACCAAUCCACAUCUGCUCUUUCUCACCCUGUAUUGAGCAAGUAACAGCCACAGUUGCAGCUCUUCGGAAAGCCGGCUGGACUGACAUUGCAAUGGUCGAGGUCAUGAACAAGCGAAUUGACGUUCGGCGGGAAAGGAUCGGGUUGAAAGAGGAAGGUCUCCGAGGAGUCAACGCACGAGCAGCAAAUGUCAUGGAGGCUGUUGACAGACUUCGCGAAGAUGUUGCCGAAGAACGCAAACUCCAUACGAAGAAGGAGCGUCUUGAGAGAUUAAAGCAGGAUGCUGAAGUCCGAAAGUUGUACAAAGAAGGAAACCUCGCGCAUCGAACAGAGCCAGAAGUUCGAACGCACACGAGUUAUCUGGUCUUUGCUGUGCUGACCAGAGAUUGGACUGAAGAGGACGAGAAGGCUUGCUUGGAGAAGUAUAGUGUUGAUGCGAUUAUGGCUGGAGGGCCAAAGGAUGCAAGAUCAUAG